AGCACCUGCCACCUGCACCAUGAAGCGGGUCGGGGCGCUGCUGCUUCUCGGGGCUGCCCUGCUCCUGGCCUCGGGCGGAGACUGUAAAAUCUGCUCAGCCGUGCGGGACGAUGUGAACCUGUUCCUGACGGGCUCCACUGAGGACUACGUGGACAACGUGGCGCGGUACCAGAGCAGCCCUGUGAUACUGGAAAAUGCGAAACUGCUGAAGGAGUGCCUUGAUGGGAAAAUGACAGAAGACGACAAGCAGAAUGCCCUUUCGGUGCUGGAUAAAAUAUACGCAAGUAACUUGUGUUGACGGAGCCAUGUGUGCCGCGGGGGGCCCCCAAGGAAGUCACUUAACUGAUCACCGGCUAAGUCAUCUCAGCAGCCUGCCACAUCCGGUGUCUGACUAGAUGAUUCCAGCAAUAAAAGCCUUGCAAUCCAGGGA